AUGCCGGCCGCGGGGCAGAUGGGCUCUGUCCUUUCCUUCACCGAGCACCUCUGCCGGCCUGCCAGGUGCCUCUGCGGGGGCUGGCACCAGCACAUCGGCUGGCAAGAUGAAGGCUGGACUGUGUGGGAUGAGCGGCUGGCCAGGGCAGCAGAGGCGUGGGCUGCGCGUUGCCUGUGGGACCACGGGCCCCCUGAGCUGAUGAAAUAUGUGGGGCAGAACCUCUCCAUCCAGUCGGGCAGGUACCGCUCGGUCACGGACAUGGUGAAAUCCUGGCACCAGGAGCAGCAGCACUACUCCUUCCCCCACCCCCGCGAGUGCAGCCCCCGCUGCCCCAGCAAGUGCAGCGGCUCCGUCUGCAGCCACUACACGCAGAUGGUGUGGGCAACCUCCAGCCGCCUGGGCUGUGCCCUGGGCACCUGUGCCAACGUGCAGGUGUGGGGCAGCACGUGGCGUCACGCCAUCCUCCUCGUCUGCAACUACGCCAUCAAGGGCAACUGGCUGGGAGAAGCACCGUACAAGGUGGGGCGGCCGUGCUCAGCCUGCCCCCCCACCUACGGCCGGGGCUGCUCCAACAACAUGUGCUUCUCCGGAGUCAAAUCCAACCAAGUCAGCUGGUUCUAG